UGUCAAUCAAGAGCCCCAGGUGGCCAAAUGCAUAGCAAGUCUAGGACGUGUUUAAGAGGAUAUGCUUGUCUAGUUGUUUCCCCAAGUUAGUAGCGGUUUAAAAUGCUGUGGUUUGUUUUACUGGUCUCAUGGUUUUCUGAAGGAUAUGAAUCACCGCCUCCUCUGAUGAAGACAAGUGAAACGCUACUUGAUUUCGAGGAAGACGUUGCUGUACAGGAGGGGGAUAUUUUACAGCCAACUGACAGGAAUGCAGUGAGUCAGCUGUGGGCUGAGGUGAAUGGAAGUUUGUCAGUGCCUUAUGAAAUUGAUCUUGCUCUUGAGGACAGGACUAAAGAUAUUCUUAAAGCCUUAAAUAUGAUUUCCCAGAAAACAUGCGUCAGAUUUCAUCCACAUGCUAAUGAAACUGACUAUUUGCACUUUGUAUAUGCAAAAGGGUGUGCAUCUUAUGUUGGGUGUUUGGGGGGUGAGCAGUCUCUUCUGAUUGGGCCAAGAUGUACGGUUGGGAACAUCUGCCACGAGAUCAUUCACUCCCUCGGCUUUUACCAUGAGCAUACCCGAUAUGACCGUGGUGAUCAUGUCACUAUACUUGAAGAAAACAUUGCGCCUGGGAAAGAGAUAAAUUUUGUGAAGAGAAAGGGGAACACCCUCGGUCUGAAUUAUGACCCGGAAUCAAUCAUGCAUUAUGGAAACAAUUACUUCUCUAGCAAUGGAAUGCCCACAAUUGAGCCCAAAGAGAAAGGUUUAAAGAUUGGCCAGAGGACUCACUUGUCUGAUCUUGAUGUGCAAAAGAUCAAGAAGCUGUACCACUGUGCUGCAUUUGCCACCUCAAUGACGCUGAUCAUGCUCUUCACCAUCUUCGGGAACAUCCUGGUGAUCAUCGCAGUCCUGACGUGUCACUCUUUACGAGGACCUCAGAACCUUUUCCUGGUGUCCUUGGCUGCAGCGGACAUCCUGGUGGCCACAUUGAUCAUCCCGUUCUCCUUGGCCAAUGAACUGAUGGGCUACUGGUACUUUGAGUCAUUUUGGUGUGAGAUCAUCUUAGCGCUGGAUGUGCUCUUCUGCACGUCUUCCAUUAUACACCUGUGUGCCAUCAGCCUGGACCGCUACCUGUCCAUCUCCCGGCCAGUGCAAUAUGCGACCCAACGCACCCCUCACAAGAUCAAGGGGGCUAUAUUGGUGGUGUGGCUCAUCUCUGCGGUCAUCUCUUUUCCGCCGCUGGUAUCCAUGAAUAAGACCCCUCUGGAUAAGGAUGGUUGCGGCCCACAGUGCAAACUCAACGAGGACCCCUGGUACAUCCUGUACUCCUCCAUUGGGUCGUUCUUCGCCCCGUGCCUCAUCAUGAUCUUGGUGUAUGUUCGCAUCUAUCAGAUUGCCAAGAAGCACACUAGAUGUCCUCCAGGAGAGCCGAGGAAAGACUCUGCAGGUGGUGUGCCACCUGGCCGAGAGCUGCAGAACGGGAAAAACCAGGGAGGUGUUGACCCUGUGAAUGUCCCUAAUAUGACUGGAUCCAGAUUUAACACUGUAAACCAGCCUCAACCACCAGCAGAAACUCGGCAGAAGAUGAAACUCUCAAGGAGGUGCAAGUACAACGAGGACAGUUCAAGCUCCGGCUCAGACGCCGAGGUGGUUGGGGAAAAUAAUGCCAACGGGACAACCUCCAGUGUGGGGGAGCUGGAGCCUGGCCACCAGACAUCCUCACCAGCCCAAACAUAUCGGAAAGUCAUUGUAACAUCAAAGGGCAGCCAGCUGGCCUCUUCAAACAUGAAACCAGCAGGAACUCCAAGCAGCAGGAGGAAAGCCAUGAUUGUCCGCGAGAAGCGCUUCACAUUCGUCCUAGCAGUCGUCAUUGGGGUUUUCGUUGUCUGCUGGUUCCCGUUCUUCUUCAGCUACAGCUUGCAGGCCAUUUGUCCAGAGGCUUGUAAACUACCAGAGCCACUUUUUAAGUUCUUCUUCUGGAUUGGCUACUGCAACAGUGCCCUGAACCCACUCAUCUACACCAUCUUUAACAGGGACUUUCGUAAAGCCUUCAAAAAGAUUCUGUGUAAAAGGUGUAAGGACUGUUCUUUUUGAAACUGGACAACCCUGAAAAACAGUGUCAUAAAAUGUUGUUGCUCCCUCACAAAACUGGUCAGGGUCAUUUUACUCCAGUAUUUCA